UAAUGUACUCUUGAACGCAGACGGAAGGAAAUUAAAGACGAACACAUAUCCGUAAACCCACCAGAGUGCAGUUUGAUACUGCACGCCACAGUCGCUGUACUUGAUUAACGUGGACGCUUUAUAGAUUUUUCUUCGUGUUGCUGAGUCAUGGACCGCAGCAGGUCACGCGACAGAGCUGGCAGAGAGAAAAAAGACGAGAAGAAGAGGAAGAGGAGACGAUCCCGCUCUUCCUCUUCAUCAUCGACAUCUUCAAGCUCUUCAUCCGACAGCAGGAGUCGAAGCAGAUCGUCAAAGAAAACCUCACAUAAGAAUAAAGAUGUGAAAACAAAAAGGAAGAAGCGCACGAGAAGUUCUUCGUCUUCUUCAUCCACCUCCUCUUCUUCGUCCUCCUCCUCUUCUUCCUCGUCCAGCGAUGAAAAGUCAAAGAAAAAGUCAAGUAAAGCCAAGAGAAAGAAGACGAAGAAGAAGAAGGCGAAACUGAAGAAACAGAGGAAGAAGGAGAAGAAGAAGAAAGAGAAGCUGAAGAAGAAGGAGAAGAAGAAAGCGGAGGUAGUGUUGUUGCCUGCUCCACCUCCUCCUCCUCCUGCUGCUCCUGCAGACAAACCUCCAUCUUACCUGGAGGUGUGGCAGAGUGAUGAGGGGACGGUGGAGCUCGGACCCGUGAUGACAGAUGAGCAGAAGGCCAGGUUCUCCACUAAGAGGCCCCUCACCAAAGAGGAGUACGAGGCCAGGCAGAGCGUGAUCCGCAGGGUGGUCGACCCAGAAACAGGACGCACCAGACUGGUGAGAGGAGAAGGAGAGAUCAUAGAAGAGAUGGUCAGCCGAGAAAAACACAAAGACAUCAACAAGCAAGCUACUAAGGGGGACGGGAAUGCCUUUCAGAAGAAACUGGGAAUCAACAGGUAGAAGAUCCACUCCAGGUUUUAAAAUUUGAAGAGUGGAGCACCAAUCAGCUGAUCUGUCUAUAAUAACUUCAAACACUUCCUGUGAUUUCCCUGUGUUGAAGUAAAGGUACAGAAUAAUCAGGACAUGCACUCUUGAUGAGUUCCAUAUAACAGUUUAAUAUUAAGUCAGCUGAGAUCUAGAGGAAGUGUUUUCUCAAAUAUUUUGUACCAUUUGAUGUUUAUUCAUUUAUUCUGUCUAUGAUUUUAAGUAUAUCACUGAAUAAAAAACUUAACUCGUGAAAUUUCUCUAAACUCACGUCAUGUUUCUGUGAAUCUCGGAAUAAAUCUGCAUUUGUGUGAACCUGUCCUCCUUUUAAA